AUGGUUAUCUUAUUGAGUAUAUCUAUUCCAUGCUCAAUUUGUAUUUUUAUUUAUUUUUAUCGACAACGAAAGAAAACUUCGAAUCAUCAACAUUUAACUCUUGUAUUAGUUAUUCUCUGUUUCAUGGAUAUGAUCAUUAAUUUUCCAUUUGGCAUGAUCUAUAAUCGUUACAGAAAAGUUAUUCCUGCAACACCAAGUUUUUGUUUAUGGUGGAAUUGGUGGGUCUAUUCAUUUAUAACUGCUUUUAUAUGGGUUACAGCUUGGGGUUCGAUCGAUCGACAUUUACUUGUCUUUCAUAAUACACUUAUGUCAACACAAAGACGACGAUUCGUUUUUCAUACACUUCCCAUGGUAUUUUGUCUUUUACCAUGUUUUGCACACAGUCAACCUACUAUUACAUUAUAUGAUUUUGUGAUGAAUACAAUAAUACCACUUGCCAUAAUUACAAUAGCAAAUGUGGCUUUGAUUGUACGAGUAUUAUGGCAAAAACGAAAUCAACGAGGAGAUUGGCAACGAAAAUGGAAAUUAACUACAUAUCUUAUAUCGAUUGCUAUCUUGUUUAUGAUUACUUGGUAUCCUAAAGCAAUCAAUAAUAUUAUUUACAUGUAUACAUCAUCACCGGUAUCACUUAGUUUACAGUCGAAAUACUUCUUGUUUCUUCCGGCUAUAUUGGAAAUGAUUCUUCCCAUAGUUUCAUUAUAUUUUCUAUCAGAUUUCAAAAAAAUAGUCUUUAGAUUUCGACAAAACACUAUUAUCCCGCAAAAUUUGAAUCAUCAGACACCGGCGGCUAAAAGACCUUAG